AUGCCAUCGUUGAAAUCGAAGGGCAGCGACACGAGAGAGAUUCUAUUUGGCCUUGACGCGAAGAAUAAUUCAAAGUCUGUCAAAUGCCCGAUUUGCAGCGAACGGAUCAGUGUGGACUUGACGACCUUUACGGCUCAUAUCAUUUCUCAUAUGAAAACAGGAGAUUCACAUGAAUGCCCAAUCUGUAUCGAGAUGAGAUCAAGGAACUUAUCAUUCUACAGAACCUCUGGAGUGACAAUAAGUAGCACCAAUCAAGUCGUCUUGAACCAAAGAAAAUCCGUCGAUCUUCCAAAGAAACCGCACAAGCCGCCCUCACUGCCGAAAAGUCUGCGGAAAUCAACGAAGAGAACCGCUCUCAAAGUCCCAAAACUACCAACACCCGCAACGCCAAAAAUAGAACCGGAAGAGAUACCGUACUUGUUCGACAGAAGCGAGAAGCGAAAAGGAACGUCUAACUGGCCAUAUUUGUACAGCAUCGUGAAGACGAAAAGCUCACCAGGAAGAUGGUUCACUGCGGUUACGUUUAUAAUGGAAAUGGACGGGAAAUUCUAUCACGUGCGCAAAGACGGUAUUGGAAACGAUAUCAAUCAGAUUCACAUGAAAUGUAACAACGGUGUGCGCCAGUGUAAAUGGAAAGGACUUCUCCACAGAAAGGAUCGCCAGCUGACAGCGAAUGAUGUUCAGUUCUAUAAUCCUGAGAGCUACACGGUUCUGGAACACUCUACCGAAGAGCACUUAGCGCAGUGCAUUGAAAACGCUCAUGAAAAUGAACCAACCGCUGAAGAAGCCUCUUCCCUGCCUCAAAAUAUCGAAGUAGACAUCCUUAAGUCUGUUUCCGACAUGCGGGAAAGAGAAGCUGCACAGGCUGCCAAAGCAUUGAGUCUAACUUUGCCAAGGUUUCAAUGCCAUUAA